AUGGUGCCCAUCGUAUUAACGAUGCUGAGUGAGCUCGAAAGGGUACGUAUAAUGUUUUUAGUUAUAUCUUUAAUACGUAAGCAAAACAAGUGCCGCUAUUGUUGCUCCGUAGCAAUUUUCUUCUGCUUCGGUACCACGCAUUUCUGCAAACCUUGCCACGAUGAUUUUCAGAGGGUCACCCAUAUCCCUAAAAACGAAUUGCCUUCGUGCCCGGCAGGACCUCGAGCAAAACAACUGGGUGGAGAGGAGUGUCCGUUGUACGUUAAACACCCGCCGACUGGAGAAGAGUUCGCUCUUGGUUGCGGCAUUUGUCGCAAUGCGCAGACUUUUUAAGAAGUGGGGUGCCAACAAAAUACUUUUACCGAAAGCAUGGGAGAGUUAAAACUUUGUAUUUUGCUUUUUUAAUGCAAGACUUACUGCUAUGACAAAAAAUUACUCAAUGAAGACGAGUUAAUGUGAAUGGAAUUGAGAUUACGAAUCGUACCGUACGUUGAAAAACUGUGUAUUAAUAAAUUAUCGAUAAAUAUAAUUAUGAACAAAAGUGCUAACAUCGGGGCUAUAAUGGUCGCUGAGAAAUAGAUCCAUUUUUUAUAGAGUAAGUGAAUAGGAAGAUGAUUUAUACGAGCGCGGGUGUCUACUAGUGAGGAGAAAGUGAUGUUUAUACAAAGUCAUUAGGUAUAAAUUAAUAGUCUUGUAUUAAAGUAAAUUGAAUUGCCUUUUGUCGAUGAUACAGGGAGAAGGUGUAUUAAAAAUGUAAAAAUAAACCAUGUGCUUAUUAAGAGACACGAACGAUUGUGUGAAUGUAGGUAAUUAUACAUAAUGAUGAAAAAGGAA